AUGGCGCGCGUUCCCUCACGGAGGAAAACAAACCAGCUGCAGGCUUUGCUGGAUGACAGUCUCAUCAGAACAAAGCACGUGGAAAACAUGGCCAUCAUCGGCAUAAAGGACGCAAAAGUCUGAGCAUCAACCUUCGCCUUUAAUGUGCCACCAGAGAAUGCUGUAAACCUUAUCUACGCUUUCUACAAGAACUUACUGCAAGUUAGAAGGGAAGGACUCUGCUUCAAGGGGAAGUACUAUAAAUGUGUCCGUGCGGAUGAGCAUUCCAUCUAUCUUCAAAAUCCAGAUGGAGGCCUGAUAGUUGUGAAGACAAAGACUUUUAUCCUGGUUGCUACUUACAGAGUGGGCAUGUAUCCCACUGUGUGCGUGGAAGCUGUGGAGAAACUAGCGGACUACUUUGGAGAGAAAGGUAGCUGA